AUGGGUGCGAUGUUUCGCAGUGAGGAGAUGAGCAUGGUGCAGCUGCUCAUCCAACCAGAAGCUGCCUACCAAUCGGUGGCCGAGCUGGGCGAGCUAGGCGUCGCGCAGUUCCGUGACCUGAACGCGGACAUUAACAUGUUCCAGCGGAAGUACACCAGCGAGAUUCGACGUUGCGAGGAGAUGGAGCGCAAGAUCGGCUACAUCCGGCGCGAGAUCGCAAAGGACGGUUCGGUCCCGAUUCCCGAUAUGCCGGAGGAGAUCCCGAGGACGCCAAACUCACGCGAAAUCAUCGACCUCGAGGCGCAGCUCGAGAAGACCGAGAAUGAAAUCGUGGAGCUUUCGGAGAACAACCAUGCACUGUUGCAAAACUUCAUGGAACUGACCGAGCUGAAGAAUGUGCUGGAGAAAACUCAAGUACGCAUCACUUAUCCCCUAAUGUCUAAUCCUCGUGAGUCGGUAGUUUUCUUCUCGGAUAAGUCGAACGUGCAGAACCUCGAGGCGACUGGUGGUGAAGCUGCCAACGAGGGCAAACCACUCGGUUUUGUAGCCGGAGUGAUUUCCCGCGAGCGUGUCAUCGGCUUCGAGCGUAUGCUGUGGCGCGUGUCACGUGGUAACAUUUUCCUGCGCCAGGCAACCCUGGAGGAGACGCUGGUUGAUCCCAAAACGGGCGAUUCCGUCCACAAGCUGGUGUUUGUUGCCUUCUUCCAGGGUGAACAGCUGAAGUCACGCGUUAAGAAAGUGUGCACGGGAUACCAUGCCUCGCUGUACCCGUGUCCGAACGAGUCGAACGAACGGGAGGAGAUGCUCCGUGGUGUCCGUACGCGCAUCGAAGACUUGAAGAUGGUGCUCGGCCAGACGUCGGAUCAGCGUCAGCGUGUUCUGCUGAACGUCGCGAAGGAGGUGCCCACCUGGGAAAUUAUCGUGAAGAAGGUGAAGGCCAUCUAUCACACGCUGAACAUGUUCAAUGUGGACGUGUCGAAGAAGUGUCUCUUCGGUGAAGCCUGGGUACCGACGACCAGUCUGCAGGAUGUGAAGACUGCACUCGUCAACGGUUCGGCGGCUGUCGGCAGUGCCGUUCCAUCGUUCCUGAACAUCAUCGAAACCAAUGAAGUGCCCCCGACGUAUAACAAGACGAACAAAUUUACGCGCGGCUUCCAGAACCUGAUCGAGGCGUACGGUAUUGCGUCGUACCGUGAGGCUAAUCCUGCACUGUACACGAUCAUCACGUUCCCGUUCCUGUUUGCCAUCAUGUUUGGCGAUCUUGGUCACGGAUUUAUUCUACUUAUCCUCGGUCUCUGGAUGGUGCUUUGGGAGAAGACCCUUGACAAGAACAAGGAAGAAAUCUGGCAACUGUUUUUCGGUGGUCGUUACAUCAUCCUGCUGAUGGGAUGCUUCUCCAUUUACACCGGGUUUGUCUACAACGAUGUGUUCUCCAAAACGAUGAACAUCUUCGGAUCGGGUUGGAGCAUUAACUACAACACGUCUACCAUUAUGGAGAACAAGGAAUUGCAGUUAAACCCAUCCGAGGACUACUCGGAGACAGUUUACUGGUAUGGACUGGAUCCGCUGUGGAUGUUGGCCACGAACAAGAUUAUUUUCCUCAACUCCUUCAAGAUGAAGCUGUCGAUCAUCUUCGGUGUGGUGCACAUGAUCUUCGGUGUGUGCAUGAGUCUGGUCAACCAUAAUCACUUCCGCCGCCGUGAGAACAUUCUACUGGAGUUUAUUCCGCAAAUGUUGUUCCUGGUGCUGCUGUUCGCCUACAUGUGCUUCAUGAUGUUCUUCAAGUGGAUCAAUUACACGGCUGUCACUGAGGAAGACCACCUGAAACCAGGUUGCGCCCCCUCCGUACUGAUCAUGUUUAUCAACAUGAUGCUGUUCAAGAGUCAGGAACCUCUGGAAACCUGUAAGGAGUUCAUGUUCGAGGGACAGGAUACGCUGCAGGUGAUCUUCAUCGUCCUGGGACUCAUCUGUAUCCCGUGGCUGCUGCUAGCCAAACCCUUCUUCAUCAUGUACAAACGUAAAGGAAAGGCUGGUGACCACGUAGCCGAACCUGCGCCCCAGUCCUCCCACGGUGGCCACGGGCACGACGAUGAGCCCAUGAGUGAGAUCUUCAUCUACCAAGCGAUCCACACGAUCGAGUACAUUCUGAGUACGAUCUCGCACACCGCGUCGUACCUACGUUUGUGGGCUCUGUCGUUGGCUCAUGCCCAACUGUCCGAGGUGUUGUACACGAUGGUUUUCCACAUCGGUCUGCAAAACGACUCAUACGUCGGUGCCAUCAUGAUCUGGUUGGUGUUCUGGCCCUGGUCCGUGCUCACCAUCGGCAUCCUGGUCGGCAUGGAAGGGUUGUCCGCUUUCUUGCACACCCUCCGUUUGCACUGGGUCGAGUUCAUGAGCAAGUUCUACGAAGGUUUGGGACAUGGCUUCAAGCCGUUCUCCUUCAAGGCCAUUCUUGAAGAGGAAGAGGAAGCUUAGGAUCAGCUAUCAAACGUACGCGUACAUGCGAAAAAAAAACCCAUUCAAUGUAGAUGAUACCCAAUCGAAGAAUAAACAUUGGAAUA